AAAUAUAUACCGGCGUUUUAUUUUAUAAAAACAACAAUGGGUUACGUUCACAGCAUGUUGAAAUUAUAUCGCCUCCGACGUCAACGCAGGAUCCUCCAAAUAUUGGCUGAACAUGAGCGUCCUCGCAGCCCCAGAAAGUACUGCCAAAUAAAUGCCACAGUGCCAGUGUUGGCACUAUACUUUGAUGGCCACAGCGACAUGAGGGUUGACUAUCGCCUUUCUAGGGUGUCAUUCAACGCACUCAUGGAUCUGUUGGGCAGGGAAUGCGACCAUGGCUGGGGCCCAGAAAUCGACACCCUUAUCUUUCUUUUCUGGCUUGCCACUCCCUCCUCCUACCGUGUUGUUGCCAGGGCCUUUGCCAUGCCCCGGGCAACUAUUCACCGGGUAGUCCACAGGGUGAGUGGGAAGAUCGCCGCUCUUCUUUAUCGGGUGGUCCGACAUCCCACCGCAGAAGAGCUCCCUCGCCUCGGGGGUAGCUUUGCCCGUCUGGCCAGAUCCGCAGCCUUCAACCGUGUGGUUGGUGCCAUCGAUGGCUGUCACGUCAGGGUGAAGCCCCCAGCACAAGAUGCUGCCUGUUAUUUUAACAGGAAGCUCUUUUAUUCCAUCCAGCUGCAGGCCAUCUGUGAUAACGUGGGGAAGUUCCUCGAUGUGUUCGUGGGGUACUGUGGGUCAGUUCAUGAUGCCAGGGUACUGAGGAACAGCCCCAUAUACUAUCAGCAGUCCUACCCUCCACCAGGAUACAGCAUACUUGGAGAUGGGGGCUACCCCUGCCUAUCCCAGCCCAUCAGCCUCAUCACACCCUUCAGACAGCCCGUUCGCAACCACCUCCAGGCUCGCUUUAACAACAGCUUGUCAAAGGUCAGGAGCAUUGUUGAGCGGUCCUUUGGGAUGCUGAAGACUAGGUGGAGGUCCAUCUUCUUCAAGGCUCUGGAAGUGGAUGUGACUUACGUGCCGGAGGUCAUCGUCUGUUGCACGGUCCUACAUAACAUAUGUAUGAGCAACGAAGACCUGCUGGAGCCAGAUGCUGAUGUCAGGAGGGCACGAAGACCAGCACCAGCACCUCCAGGAGCCGUCUCUGGUGCAGAGCAGAGACAGAGGAUGGCAAUGGCAUGUUAUGUCCCUGACCAUGAUUACAUUUAAAAAUGUAAAAUGCAUGAUUGAAUAAAUUACAUGACCAUUGUAUGAUUGUGUUGAUUUCAUCUGGCAUGUUAAAAAACAAAACAAA